AUGGCUGAUAGUGGACUGCACACACUGUCCGAGCGGAGUGACGGGGCAGGACUGUCUGCAGUGUCCCUCAGCAACACGUCCUCGGGCCCGACCUCUGCAACUGAUAGCAGGGGUUGUGAGAAUGGCGCACUGAUGGACUCGUUUGGGAUCUUCCUUCAAGGACUCCUUGCAGUAAUGGCUUUCAGCAUUCUCAUGUUGAAACGCCUUCGGGAGCCCAAACAUGAGAGGAGACCCUGGAAAAUCUGGUUCCUGGAUACUUCCAAACAGGCUAUUGGGAUGCUCUUCAUCCACUUUGCUAAUGUUUACCUUUCAGACCUUACUGAGGAGGAUCCCUGCUCGCUAUACCUCAUUAACUUUCUAUUGGAUGCCACUCUUGGCAUGUUGUUCAUCUACGCUGGCGUACGAGCCAUCAGUGCAGUUGUGGAGUGGAGGCAAUGGGACUCUCUCCGCUUUGGUGAAUACGGCGAGCCUAUCCAAUGCACAGCAUGGUUGGGUCAGUGUAUUCUCUACAUUCUCAUCAUGAUGUUUGAGAAAGUCCUGAUAAUGCUGGUCCUCCUCAUCCCCAUAUGGAAGAAGCUGGCACUCCACAACCCUAUAGAAAAUCCAAAUUUGGAACUGGCUAUCGUCAUGCUUAUCGUUCCAUUCUUCGUUAAUGCACUUAUGUUUUGGGUGGUUGACAAUUUUCUCAUGAAGAAGCAUAGGACCAAAGCGAAGUUGGAGGAGAGGGAAGAGGACUCACGAGGGAACGGCAAGGUGCGCUACAGAAGAGCUCUGUCCCAUGAUGAUUCAGAGUCAGAGAUUCUCUUCUCAGCAGAUGAUGAAAUGGACGAGUCGGAUGAGGACGAUGUUCGGCGGCUUACAGGUCUCAAGACGGUUAAGAAGAAAAAGCUGCGCAUGGGGAUCCCCGUUUGA